UAUUGUCGUCGUCCUAAGACAAGAACUGAGAAUCGUCUUGUUCGGCAAAGUUCAUCAGCAGCCAGGAAGUGAAUUUCAGUCACAACGACCUAAACAGUUUUCCCAGCUUCCAAACAAUAGGCUUGACCGACAACUAUGGACAAUUUCCUCUGCAAAAAAAUGAUUUUGAUUCCAGUUUUCGCAUUAUAGGUUGCCAAUCCCACCCGGCAAUAACAAAAGCUCUCACACGACGCCAUGUCGUCGAACUCCGAAACUCGUCUACAGGAGAUCCUGAACUCAAUAUCCCAAUCAGUUGAAGCGGGAGGAGACCCAAAAGAGUCCGAAACCUUAGUUUUAGAUUUGAUCAACUUCCUUAAUUCCAUCUCCGAGGUUUCUCUUUCAGACCCAGAUAACGAAGAUGCCAAAAGCAAUGCCUUUGAAGUUCUCUCGCAAGUUUACAACUACGUUUGUUCUCCUUCGUUGGACGAGGCGACAGUUGAUUUGCUGUCGUUUGAGUUGCCGAAAGCAGCUUCAAGGUUUGGAGGCGUCUCCGAAAAAUGCUUGGAGAUUGCUGAUAAAGUGAUUGACCGAUUUGUUUCAGUGUGUAAUCCACGGGACAUGCUUUCCAUACUCUGUGACGCAUUAGCUUCCUCCGGUGAAAUGAUCAAGGUUCCCAGUUAUUUUGUUCCUCUUCUCAGUGGGAUUGCUAAAGUGCUUGUUUCCAUUCGAAGGCGUCACUUUGAGCAAGUAAAAGUGGCAGUUAGAAUUGUCCUAAAUGUUUUAAAGGUCGUUUCUUCAGAGCCAGAUGAUGAGAAUACAGAACUGAAGGAUCUUUUCAAAGGAGCUCUGAGCAUAGCAACUUCAAUACACGCAGUUUGCACGAAAUUGGACGGCGGUGUAAACAAAAAGCUCCGUUCUCUACUUGCUUUAUAUGUUCUGCAAGUCAUGGCUCUUGGUUCAUUCAGAAAGUGUUACAAGGUUUCUAAUUCUCAUCCCUCGGUGACACAAUUGUCAAGUUUCUUUCCUUAUUGUGGUUUGUCAUAUCUUGGUUUAAUAACCGGGUCUGAUGUUGACAGAAUGACUAGCAUUGUUGUUGGAGAGGAUGAAGAUGAUUUUAUGAGUUGUCUAUCCCAUGUCAAACUCGGUGCAUCACUUUCAGUCAUUUGGGGACAUAUUUAUGAUGCGGCUGUUGUGGCUGCGAAGGAGGAUUUGAUAUCUGUCAAGGACGAACUUAAAAACAACCGAACAAAAAGGUGGCAAGCUAUUGGGAUGUUAAAGGAUGUACUUGCUUCUGUGAAUCUUCCAUGGCAAUUAAAAAAACACACGAUCGAAUUCUUGCUUUGCAUUAUUGAUGGAAAUAUCUCGCAGAAGUAUGACGAUGAACACGCCGACUGCUCAUCUUAUAUGCCUAGUAUUUUUGUUGCUCUGCAGGCUGUUCAAAAGGUCAUCAUGUAUGCAUCAGAUGCAGAGUUGAGGAAGAAAGCUUUUGAAGCUUUUAAGAGGAUACUUGCCGACGUUCCUGCUUCUCAGAGGUUUGACAUUUUAAAAGCUCUGAUCACAAAUAGUGACUCGUCUUCCAUGACUGCAAUCCUUUUAGAUAUUUUGAAGAGGGAGCUGCACAUGGAAAAUUGCCAAAGAACUGGAGUGGGAAGAAAUAAUGAAAUUACAAACAGAGAAAACAAAUCGUGCCAAGAUACACACUUUUGGACUGCCAGCGUCCUCGAAUUGGUGGAGUUCGUUUUGAGGCCUUCAAAGGGAGGACCCCCAACCGUUCCUGAGCAUGGUGACGCGGUUCUAGCUGCUCUCAACCUGUACCGCUUUGUAUUAAUAACAGAGUCAACAGGAAAAACUAACUACACAGAAGCGCUGUCCAAGAGCAAUUUACAAAAGGCCUACAACGAAUGGCUUCUCCCUCUUAGAACCCUGGUAACAGGCAUCAUGGCGGAGAACAAGAGUGAUUAUGAUCAAUUUGCUGUUGACACAGUUUGUACUCUUAACCCCGUCGAACUCGUUCUGUACCGCUGCAUCGAGCUCGUUGAAGAGAAGCUGUAGCACUCCGCUUGAGUUUUGUAGUCUCCACAUGUACCAAUAGAAAUAUGGUCUUUUCACGUUUGUUCUUCCUUCUGAUAAUUUUUUUCAGGCGCUCUAAGUUUCAUGUCAAGUACAUUACAUUGAGGUGGUAGUUUUGAUAUAAUUAAUUUCAAGGGAAACGUUUGAAGAGGGUCUUUUUGGCGACCUCUCUCUUGGGAUUCCAUUCGGCUAAAGAAACAAUGAAUCAU